AUGGCUUCUGUCCGAAUGGAUCAUAUGGAAAACAAUAUUCUUGUUGGCCUAUUAUUGUCACACCUUAUAACUUACCUCCAGAACACGGAAGAACCGGAAACUCAUGAUUUCUAUCCGCUUUCUAGCAGGGUCUUUGAAGGGCAGAACCGGAAACUCAUGAUUGUUUGUAAUAAUGAAGGGGUUUUGUUCAUCGAAGCCAAAGCAAAUGUAAAGCUCAAGCAGCUCGGAGAUGGGCUUCGGCCGCGAUUCCCAUUCUUGGAGAAGCUUUUGGCUAAUGUACCUGGCUCGGAUACCAUCGUUGGUACCCCUCUCCUUCGUUUUCAAGUAACAAGAUUCAUCUGUGGAGGAUUUUCCUUGGGCAUUUUUUGGAACCACACCAUAGCAGAUGGUGCUGGUCUAAUGCAGUUUCUAACAGCAAUCUGCGAGCUGGCAAAAGGCGCGGCGGCGCUGUCUGUGCCGCCAGUCUGGCAGCGGGAAGUUCUCAACGCAAGAUCUCCGCCAAAGAUCACAUGUGUACACAACGAAUACGCUCAAAAAACCCCUUCAUACACUAAAAAUCCACCGCGCAAUCUCGUGUACCCUUACAACACUUUUGUUCUCACAUCAGUCUUUUUUGGCCCGAAAGAAAUCCAAGCCCUUUCUAACAAACUUCCAACAUCCUCAAUGUUCGACUUGAUAACCGCAUGCUUGUGGAACUGUCGCACGGCGGCACUCCAACCACAUCCGGACGACAUAGUCCGUAUUUCAAUUCUUACCAACGUGCGCGAUCCAAAGUUUGGAUUGCGCAUGCCACGAGGAUACUAUGGCAAUGCAAUUGCUUAUCCCGCGGCGAUAUCAAAGGCUAACAUUUUGUGUGCAUCGCCAUUGUCAUAUGGCGCGGACUUGAUUCGGAGGGCAAAACUUAAAUUGAGCAAAGAGUAUGUGAAGUCUGUCGCGGAUCUUAUGGUGAUAAAAGGAAGGCCAAAGUACGUGGAAGCAUGGAACUUCAUUGUAUCGGACUUUCGAAGCUUGGGGCUCGACAAUAUCGAUUUUGGAUGGGGAAAUGCCCGGUUAGGGGGGAUUCCGUGGGCGACGCCAGAGAUUAGUGUCUACGGAAAUUAUAGAGAGAAUGGUGAAGGGGAAAAAGGAGUUGUAGUUCCCAUAUGCUUGCCAUCGAUGGCCAUGGAGAAGUUUCAAUAUGAGAUGAAGAAGAUGACAAUAGAACCUGUUUCGAAAAUUUAG